UACAUAGAGAUAGACUUGAACACUUGAAGAUGGCUGCUGUAUUUAAGACAUUCGGGAAUCUGUCUAAUCGAUUAUUGGUGAAAAAUAAGUUUUGUCAUUGUAUUAUUAAAAGACACAUAGGGAACGAAAAAUUACUAGAAAUAUUUUCCGAAUGGAUCAAACCCGUACAAUUGCGCAAAUGGAUGCCAGGUCCUUUUCCAAAAACAGAAGAAGAGCGAAUCAAGGCUGCAGAAAAAUAUGGUAUGCAUCCACAUGAAUAUGUACCAGGUCCUUAUGAUGACAUCAAUCGUGGAGACUACCCAGACUUACCAUGGAUAGGUGCGGAAGCUAAGGAUCCCUAUUAUCCUUGGGAUUUCCCUGCUUUGAGAAGGAAUUUUAAUGAACCUUUGCAUAGGCAAUAUGAUGCAAUGGGAGAAGAUCGAUGGGCUUAUGGUGUCCGCACAAAAUAUGAUUAUUUCAAAUGUGGCACCUUUUUUGUUGUCUUUUUUGUUGGCGGUUAUGUUAUCUUUUAUAUAUUCCCAAAUUCUAAACCAGCUCUAGGAGAGAAACAAUAUCCAGGAAAAGGAGUACAUUAUACCUUUGAAACAGCAAAAUAAAUAUAUAAUAACCAAAUAUAUAGUUACAAAUAGGUAUAAUAAAUAAAUUACACAAACACUAGUAUGCAUGAAUUUCUUUAAAAUUAUUUCUUAUUGAUUUAAAAUUAAAUUAAAAAUUAUAUUUUUAUUAAAUUAU